AUGGACACAAAUUCUUCCCAAUCAAUAGGUGACACCCUAGCAAAAACCACCAAAACUGGUCCUGUAGCCAGCGUUCCAACAAUGGUUCGUCAGGUUUUAGCCAACCUGCCAACCAAUACAGCCCAAACAAUACUGAAAAAAGAAGCCACAAUUGCGAAGCCUAGCGGAAAGAAAAUGAGGCCGACAGGGACUUUAACACCAAGGAACCUUUGUGCGGUGAAAUGGUGCGAGAACAAUCUGACCGGGACUACAACUGAAUUUGAACAAUACUGGAAGGCUCUCUCAGCGGAAGAUAAAAAGAAAUACCAUGAUCAAUUGGAACGAAUGAAAGUAGCUGCUCAAUUGGCAGCUCAGACAAUGUAG